UCCAAAUCCGUACUCUUCAAGAGCUAUGGCGAGGCUCCUUAUCUCGACACGAGCCUUCUUCCCCCAUUCCACUCUCCCCGUCGCUCCGGCGCGGGCAUUCUUCAGACCUUCCAAAUUUUUGCCGGCGGUCAGAUUCUCCGGCGACCAUUCGGCGGUCAAAACCCUACGACUGGUGACGACUCGUGCCGGCGCCAGCACCAGCAGUUACAUCUUCGCCUUCUCUAUUCCGUUCUCUCUCAUUCUCGUCACUGCCCUCACCGCUCUUAAGAUCGGCGAUAACCUCGACAAGAAAUUUCUUGAGGAGCUUGCUCUUAAUCAAGCCAUCAUGGAGGAAGAUGAGGAAAACAAAGAUGAUGGUUCAGGAAUAUCUUUCGAAGAAAAACCAGCCCUUCCACGAACUCGCAACCGCCCUAAAAGGGAAGCCGAGGUAUGAAUAAUUGCUUAGUUUUUUUUGGAGGUGUUCAUAUGAUUGGAUUAGACGGCUGAGAAAUGGGCAAGGAACUUGGAAACUUCCCUGUAUAUUGUAGAUAUACAUUAUCAAUAAAAUAAAACUACCAUAUUGCAUGUUCA